UUUGUCCUAACGUGUGGGUGUGGGGUAAUUUGGGUGGGAACAACGUGGAGGCUACCACGACGGAGUCCUGCGCCCCGUUGGUGGGGUGUGUGCAGAAAGAGCGGGGAUAAAUAGGAGGCUCCCUCCUCCCAGCGACACUCUGGGAGCCAGCCGCCCGCCGGCCCUGGGUGUUUGCCUGCCCUGUAGCCAGGGUGCCAGCCUGAGGAGUAGUUUCGUUUCCUGCUGGCUCCGGGAUUAGUUUCCAGGCACCCCCUCGGGAGCCGGUGGCCGGGGAAGGGGGCGCAGGAGGAGGCGGGGGACUCGUCUAGGGGCUGCCCGGCCCCGCAGCGCGGGGUUGAUGGACCGGGCCGCCCCGGGCAGCGGCGCCAGCUCCCUGCCACUGCUCCUGGCCCUCGCCCUGGGUCUAGUGAUCCUCCACUGUGUUGUGGCAGAUGGGAAUUCAACCAGAAGUCCUGAAAAUGAUGGCCUUCUCUGUGGAGAUCCCAGAGAAAACUGCGCAGCUACUACUACACAAUCAAAGCGGAAAGGCCACUUCUCGCGGUGCCCCAAGCAAUAUAAGCAUUACUGCAUCAAAGGGAGAUGUCGCUUCGUGGUGGCCGAGCAGACGCCCUCCUGCGUCUGUGAUGAAGGCUACACUGGGGCACGAUGUGAGAGAGUUGACUUGUUUUACCUGAGAGGAGACAGAGGGCAGAUUUUGGUGAUUUGUUUGAUAGCGAUUAUGGUCAUUUUCAUCAUUUUGGUGGUCAGUAUCUGCACAUGCUGUCAUCCUCUUCGGAAACGUCGUAAAAGAAAGAAGAAAGAGGAAGAAAUGGAAACUCUGGGCAAAGAUAUAACUCCAAUCAAUGAAGAUAUUCAAGAGACUAGUAUUGCUUAACAGCUAUAAAGGUACGUCCAGGCUGAUGGCAAGCUACAAAAUGCCUUGCUCAUUUGAAAAUGGACAGAAUGUGUCUCAGGAAAACAGCUAGAAAAAUGAAUUUUAAAUAAUGUAUUUACUUUUUGUUUGUAACAUUAGUUUGUGUUGUUUACUAUUGUUUUUAUAGCAAUAAUAAUAAGUAAUUUUAUUAUUGCUUAGUAAUUGGGAAAAAGCACCCAGUGAAGAAGGGAAAUUUUAAUAAACUUCCAACUGAGUUUUGUCACCAGGAUUAUUAGUCAAACAAAAAAGAAAAGUAAGAAGGAGUUUAGAUUUUAGGAACUGAAUUAAUAAGAAAGCUACCAUUUAUCCAACACUUACCGUGUGCUAAGAGUAUGAAAUAUAUUAUUUCCUUUAAUCCUUUCAGGAACCUAUGAGAUAUCUUUUAUGAUCCUCAUUUCCCUUAUAUGGAAACAGACCCAAAGAAGUUAAAUAAUCUAGUGUAUAUUUUCAGAGUAAGGAAUUAGUGGAGCUGGAGUUGAAAUCAAGAUUUACCCAGGUUCAAAGUUUGUGCUCCUAACCAUCAUUUUUGUUCAUCCGAGUUGGUGCAACCCAGCUCACUAAUAUAACCCAAGACUUUAUACAGAACUGUGUCUUGCCAUGACUCUGAGGUGCUGGGGCCAUUUUCCUGCAGAAACUCCAAACGCAGAGUUCUGAAUAUAUGUUACUGUUACCACCAUGCUUUCUGUAACAUGGACUUUUUUUAUGUUUCUUUGCUCCCUUAUAAAUUCUCAGUGACAUGAAUGAAUUCUUACAUUAGUAAAGCAAACAGAUUUACCCUUAGCUAGGGUAAUGAAUAGGGAUGGAAAAUAAAUACCUGACAGUCUUUAAGCCCUGGGUAAGUGUUUAUGCUCACUAAAGUAUACAUAAGAGCACUGGAAUAGGCUAUUUAUCCCAGAGUGAUGGUCAGCGAGAGCAUAGCAGAGCCCAUGCAGAGACUGGUUGUGACCAUAUCCUCAUUUUUGUUCUUAAAAACAGUACCUGGGAUUGCCCUUGGGUGAAUUUUGGUGCAAUGAAAUCAUGACCAUAAUUUUCUAUUAUUUAGAAUUUGCCAAAUACUCCUUGCCAAAUACUCUUUAACUCCACAGUACAUUUGAUAAAGACUCUUUUAAACCUGAAAAGGCAAAAUCUACAUUUAGCCAAUAUUCCAUAGAAUAUGGAACUUUCUACAUUGACUGGGUGGAUCAGUCACAAAAAAUGAUGGAAGAUGUCCCCAAAUUGCUGCACUUUGGCUGUUGUGCCUGUCAGCCAAGCAUCUUCUUUCUCAGAAUCUUUGUAAGUUUUACUUUACAGUGUACAUUUCAUACACAAAGUGAAGCAGAGAAUUCGGAGAAAAGGUGAAGUUGUGUAUCACCUUCUAUCACAUACUGUCUCUUGAGUGAGACUGAGGCUGUGCUUCUAUAGAACACAGAAAUAGCUCAAAUAUCAAUAAGAGCUAAGUCAAACAACUGAUAAUUUUCUACAUCUACUUUUCCUCCUGACUUAACGCCCGUCCUUAAAAUAGGAUUAUAUCCAACAGAUCUAUGUUGUAUAUGCUUUAUUUUCAAAAGCUCUCUUCUGAGCCCAUUCAUUUCUUUUCUCCCUCUUAGUCUUCUUUGA